AUGUAUUGCACAAGACGGAAGCGGCUGCAGCUGAGCCGGGUCCUGUUUCUCCUCUCUGGGGUUUUUCUCUGUACCCUCUACCAGCUGACCAUUAGUGCCAGACUGUACGAGCCUCUGUCAAUGCCUCAGAUCGGAGAGGAUUUUGGAGAGGGUUCAACUGAGGGGGUUGAGGAGGCUACAGUUGAAACUCAGGGGCUGGAGGAACCUUUCACUGCAACACACGAAUUAGAGCCCACAGAUCAAACAACACCAGAGAUGCAUGUGGUGCAUAAUUCGGAUAUAACAACAGAUGAUUUUACACCAUCAACCUCCACUGAAUCUCCACCACUGCCAACUACAAACCGGACUAUUGUGCAUUGCAUCUAUGUGGCCCCUGAGCCUCCGAGAGAGACGCCCACACCAGCGCCUCCUGUGACAACCGUCACCCCAGCUUCUCCUGCAGAGGCUCCACAUAUAAAGGGUGAAUACCCUCAAGAUAUAUUUUCUGUUGAGGACCGUAGACGAGGCUGGGUCAUCCUCCACAUUUUUGGGAUGACCUACAUGUUCAUUUCACUUGCAAUUGUGUGUGAUGAGUUCUUUGUCCCUGCGCUGGGGGUAAUCAUAGACAAAUUAGAAAUCUCUGAUGAUGUAGCAGGAGCCACCUUCAUGGCUGCCGGAGGCUCUGCUCCUGAGCUUUUCACCUCCUUGAUAGGAGUCUUCAUCGCCCACAGCAACGUGGGCAUCGGCACCAUCGUCGGUUCGGCAGUUUUCAACAUUUUGUUUGUGAUUGGGAUGUGCGCUUUGUUUUCCCGGGAGGUUCUCCAUCUGACCUGGUGGCCGCUUUUCAGAGACGUAUCCUUCUACAUACUGGACCUCAUCAUGCUCAUCAUCUUCUUUUUGGAUAAUAUAAUAACGUGGUGGGAGAGCAUGAUUCUGGUGGCCUGUUACACGCUCUAUGUGACUUUCAUGAAGUUCAAUGUGCAAAUAGAGCAGGCCUUCAAGAUCAUACUCCUAAAACAUAAGAACAUUGUCAAAAUUAUUGCUGUGGAAGAACCUGAAAAGGGAACAAAUGGGGACACUGAAGAUAACGCCCCUCCUGCUUCAGAGGACAAGAAUCGGUUAAAGUUGAAGCCGUCUCUUCAGCGCGGGGGAAGUUCAGCUUCUUUACACAACAGCACCAUGAGAAACACCAUCUUCCAGCUCAUGAUCCACACAUUAGACCCUCUAGGAGAGGAUGGUGGAGGAAAAACUAAGCCGACCAAAGAGCCAGAGGCUGCUGCAGCCCCAGCGAAAGAGGAGAAGGAACAACCAGAGGACAAGAAGGAGGAUGUGCCAGCAGGAGACGAUGGGUCAGGAGGCUCUGACAGUGAUGAAGAUGACAGCGAUGAAGACAGCAAUGACUCCAGUGAAGAUGAUGAUGACGAUGAGGAUGAUGAUGAUGAUGAGGAGAGUGAUGAAGAGGAGAAAGAAGAACCUCUGUCUUUAGAGUGGCCUGACACACCGCGUAAACAAGCCACCUACAUCUUCCUGCUGCCCGUCAUCUUACCCCUGUGGCUCACAGUUCCAGAUGUUCGCAACCAGAAAUCCAGAAAAUUCUUUGCAGUCACCUUCCUGGGCUCUAUUCUGUGGAUUGCUAUUUUUUCCUACCUCAUGGUGUGGUGGGCCCAUCAGGUCGGUGAGACCAUCGGCAUAUCAGAGGAGAUUAUGGGCUUGACUAUCCUGGCUGCAGGGACGUCCAUCCCUGAUCUCAUUACCAGCGUGAUUGUGGCACGAAAAGGCCUCGGGGACAUGGCUGUGUCCAGCUCCGUAGGCAGCAACAUCUUCGACAUCACAGUGGGUCUUCCAGUGCCAUGGCUCCUGUACUCAAGCACACACGGUUUUGCACCAGUGGCAGUCAGCAGCAAUGGGCUCUUCUGUGCCAUUGUGCUGCUCUUCAUCAUGCUCCUCUUCGUCAUUAUCUCCAUUGCAUCCUGUAAGUGGAAGAUGAAUAAGCUGCUGGGCUUCACCAUGUUCCUGCUCUAUUUUAUCUUCCUGGUACUUAGCGUGAUGCUGGAGGAUCGCAUCAUUAUCUGCCCUGUUUCCAUCUGA